AUGGCCGAGGAGAGCAAGUGUCCCGUCGCGCACAGAGUGCCCAACGUUGCCGGCCACGGCGUCACCCACAAGCAGUGGUGGCCCGAGUCGCUCAAGACCAACAUCCUCCGCCAGCACACCGCCGUCACCAAUCCCUACGGCGAGAACUUUAGCUAUGCCGAGGCUUUCAAGACCCUCGACUUUGAGGCCCUCAAGGCCGAUAUGCGCAAGGUCAUGACCGAUUCGCAGGAUUGGUGGCCUGCUGACUUUGGCCACUACGGUGGUCUCUUCGUUCGUCUGUCGUGGCACGCCGCUGGAACAUACCGUGUCUUUGACGGCAGAGGCGGUGGUCGCCAGGGCCAGCAAAGAUUCGCUCCCCUCAACUCGUGGCCCGACAACGUCUCCCUAGACAAGGCCCGCCGCCUGCUGUGGCCCAUCAAGCAAAAGUACGGAAACAAGAUCUCAUGGGCCGAUCUCAUCAUCCUCGCCGGCAAUGUCGCCCUCGAGGACAUGGGCUUCAAGACCGCUGGCUUCGCCGCUGGCCGAGAGGAUACCUGGGAGGCUGAUGAGGCUACCUACUACGGUGGCGAGGAUACCUGGCUUGGAAACGACGUUCGUUACUCCAACGGAAACAAGGGAACCAACAAGCCUGGUGCUACCGACUCGGAGCAAGGUCCUCACAAGGACAUUCACUCCAGAGACCUUGAGAAGCCUCUCGCUGCUGCUCACCACGGUCUUAUUUAUGUUAACCCUGAGGGCCCUGACGGAAACCCUGACCCCGUCGCCGCCGCCCGCGACAUCCGCGACACCUUUGGCCGCAUGGCCAUGAACGACGAGGAGACCGUCGCCCUCAUCGCCGGAGGUCACACAGUCGGCAAGACCCACGGUGCCGGAUCAACCGACCACGUCGGCCCCGAGCCCGAAGCCGCCGACCUCGCCCAGCAGGGCCUCGGCUGGUCCAACAGCUACAAGACUGGCAAGGGCCCUCACACCACCACCAGUGGCCUUGAGGUCACCUGGACUAGCACCCCCGUCAAGUGGAGCCACGACUACCUCAAGUAUCUCUUCCAGUUCGAGUGGGAGCUCACAAAGAGCCCUGCCGGCGCCCACCAGUGGGUUGCCAAGGACGCAGAGGCCACUGUGCCCGACGCCUACGAUUCCUCCAAGAAGCAGAAGCCUACCAUGUUGACGACUGACUUGUCGCUGCGCUUCGACCCCGAGUAUGAGAAGAUCUCGCGACGAUUCCUCGAGAACCCUGAGGAGUUCAACGAUGCUUUCGCCAAGGCUUGGUUCAAGCUCACACAUCGUGAUAUGGGUCCUCGUGAGCGUUACCUCGGCCCUGAUGUUCCCAAGGAGGUCUUCAUCUGGCAGGACCCCGUCCCUGAGCGUGACUACAAGCUCGUCGACGAUGGCGACAUCUCUGCCAUCAAGACCGAGAUCCUCAAGUCCGGCGUUGACGUCUCCAAGCUCGUCUCCACUGCCUGGGCUUCGGCAUCUACCUUCCGAGGCAGCGACUUCCGCGGUGGAGCCAACGGUGCUCGCAUCCGUCUCGAGCCCCAGAAGGACUGGGAGGUCAACAACCCUGCUCAGCUAAGCAAGGUCCUCUCCAGCCUUGAAGGCAUUCAGAAGAAGUUCAACGACUCCCAGUCCAGCGGCAAGGCCAUCUCCCUUGCCGACGUCAUCGUCCUGGCUGGUUCUGCCGCCGUCGAGAAGGCCGCCAAGGACGCCGGUGUUAACGUCACCGUCCCCUUCGUCCCCGGCCGCACCGACGCUACACAGGAGCAGACCGAUGUCAAGUCCGCCGUCCACCUGGAGCCCGCCGCCGACGGAUUCCGUAACUACGGCGCCUCCACUGACCGCGUCAAGCUCGAGCACAUGCUCAUCGACCGCGCCCAGCUCCUUGGCCUCAGCGUGCCCGAGAUCACCGCCCUUAUCGGCGGUUUGCGCGCGCUCAACACCAACUGGGACGGCUCAUCCCACGGUAUUCUCACCAAGCGCCCUGGUGUGCUGACCAACGACUUCUUCGUCAACCUUUUCGACAUGAGCACCGAGUGGAAGCAGGUCGGCGACGGCGAUCUCUUCGAAGGUGUCGACCGCAAGACGGGUAACAAGAAGUGGACCGGUACCCGCGUGGAUCUUGUCUUUGGCUCGCACGCUGAGCUGCGCGCCACGGCCGAGACAUACGCCGAGGCUGGCGGCCAGGAGAAGCUGGUUCGUGACUUUGUGGCUGCUUGGACCAAGGUUAUGAACGCGGAUCGGUAUGAUGUUGCCAAGGGAUCUGCGCAAAACGUCUCCCCUCGACUGUGA